GCCCAUUUCUGUUUCAUUUUGGUAUUUUUGAUUUUUGUGUUUAUUUUUCUGGGAGAUAGGCCCAACAUUUUAAAAAAAAUUGUGUUUUCUUAAAACUAUAUGAGUAUUUUUUAGGCCCGACAUUAAAAAAAUUGUUUUCUUAAAACUAUAUGAGUAUUUUUUUAUAUAUAUAUAAAAUACGUGAUCAUUUGAAAAUUACAUUGAUAUUUUUUACAAAAAGGCGAAGAUUUUAUUUAAUUACAAGAACUUUAAAAAAUGGUAAACACUUUAUAAAUUAACAAUAAAUUUUUUAAGUGCCAACACUUUUGAAGAACUACAUGCACAAUUCUUAUAAACAUGUGAACAUCUUUAAGACUUACCCGAGUAUUUGUAGAAACGCAUUAGCACUUUUUAAGUAGACAAACAUUUGAAUAAAAUGCGCCAACACUUUUUGAAAUUACGUGAACACAUUCUUGAGAUUACAUGAAAUGCGUGAAAGUUUUUGUAAAAAUCAUAUGAACAUUUUUAUAAAUAUAUGUAACAAAUAUUUUAGUUAGAUGAAUAUUUUUCAGAAUAUUUGAACGCUUUUGUAAAAAAAAGUUAAAUUUUUUCUUUUUAUUAAAAAGAUCAUAUAAAUCAAUGGAACACAUGUUUAUUAUUAUUGUUACAUACAUUUAAAAUAUUAUUAGUAAAAUGGAUACAUUUUUGUGAUCUAUAGCACAGAUAAGAUAGUCGCGUGCAUCAUAAUGGAAUAAGAAGGCCCACGUAAGAACAGAGUGAAUGGAUAUGGACUCGCGGCGGAGGAGGCCGAACGAAACCAAAAUUAACGUGAGCAGAGCAGCGAGACACGUCGUGCUAGAGCAAUGGAGCCAGCCGUAAUCACAGCAGUGCCGCCGGCCUCGGUGGCCACGCGGCUCCUCCCCACGUCCAUCGGCGGAGGCGGAGACAGGGGCGGCGGUCGCUCCGAUGGAGGAGGAGGCGGCGGCGGCGGCGGAGGAGGAGACUCUGGUGCCGGCGCUGCAGCGGCGAUGGCGCUCGUCGAGGCCGGGAUGCUGGACGGCAGCGACGUCAUCCUGCUCCACGUCGGGCCUGAGGUUGCUUCUGCCACGAUCGACUUGGCCAAGGCGGCCGCGGUGGUGCGGACAACACCGGAAGCCAUGGCGACCAAGGACUGGCACAAGGAACUUGGGGAGAAGCUUGCAAAUCACCUAAGAAAUUGUGGAUUUGAAUCUCAUAUGCUUGGUACGGGUUUGUGCUUUUCUGUCUUCCAAGUUUCGAUCCAGUUAGAUGAUGCAUGUGGUUUAAGUUCAAUAGGUACAUUUACAUUACCGUACGUGUCAGCACUUGUUUUAUACAGCAAAUGGCCUUCUCUAAUUCUCUUGGAAACUCAAGUGCGCGUGUCUUUCCCAUUUGCAGAUGAAGCCGAACAAAGUUGAUUCAGCGUCGGCACUCUUGAAGUUCUUGACAGUCGGAUGGUCUUGUUGAAGGCAGUAACUACUCUUGCAAAAGUUGUACAUGUGGUUGUGGCAAUAUGAGAAAUGUUUUGCGUCGAGUUCUGUAGUCUUAAGUCAAAUCUCCAUUAAUUGCAUAAACCAUCACAUUGUGGGCUAGAUUUGCAGGACACACGGGUUUACAGGUUUGGAAUAAAAAAACCACGGAUUCUCAGCCUAAUCUUUUGAAGAAGAAAAAAACAUUGUUGGCGUCUUUGCCCCAUUUGGUGACAACUAUGACAUUGUUUGUACUUGAGUCACUAGAGGA